AUGACUGCCAGGGCAAGUGCCGGUCACAGUGACACAGAACGCUGCAUAGUCACUGGCAGCCUUCCCAGUCAGCGACCACUGAUGCUACCGCUGCCAGAGCCCGCAGGCACUAACCACGCAGGCUCCGCCUCCGCCGUCAUCGGAGCGGCGCCACACGGCGGCAGCGGCUCCAGAAGCAGUAGCAGCAUCACCAAGUCUCACUGCAGGUUCGGGACCCGUCCAGUUCGGUCUGGUUCGUCUUCGUCCCCAGAGAUCUCCCUCAACCCCCUCAGCUUCGGGAAAAUGGCUCAAGCGAGUAAGCCCGCGAUGAAGAAAACUCCGACAUCUGUUUCUCUGGAUGUGAGAAAGAAAGAAAAGGAACCAUUCUGUAAACUCUUUAUUGGUGGCUUGAGCUCUGAAACCACAGAAGAAAGUCUGUGGAACUACUACCAGCAAUGGGGAUAUCUUACAGACUGUGUGUUAAUCAGGGACCCUGCAAGCCAGAUAUCAAGAAGAUUUGGUUUUGUCACGUUUUCAUCCAUGGCUGAGGUGGACGCUGCCAUGGCUGCCAGACCUCAUUCCAUUGAUGGGAAAACGGUUGUGCCCAAACGUGCUGUCCCAAGAGAGGACUAUGGAAAGAUGGGGGCUCUUGUCACUGUGAAGAAGCUGUUUGUUGGUGGGAUUACAGGAGAUACUGAGGAGCAUCAUCUUAGAGGUUACUUUGAGAAAUAUGGAAAAAUCGAUGCUAUUGAGAUAAUUACUGAUAGGGAGUCUGGAAGGAAAAGAGGCUUUGGAUUUGUUACUUUUGAUGACCAUGAUCCCGUGGAUAAGAUCGUGUUGCAGAAAGACCAUACCAUCAAUGGUCAUCGUAUAGAAGUACAAAAGGCCUUGUCUAGAGCUAAAAUGCAGGGAGAGCUGGAGAUGGCAAUUUUUGAGGUAGCCCUGGUUAUGGAGGCUAUUAUGCAGCGUCAUCGUGGCGGCAUUGGCUCCAGAAGCAGUAGCAGCGUCACCACGUCCCCGGUGGAGGUGCUCCUAGAGGUGUUGUUUCUGGAGCAGCAGAGGUUCUCACUCCAGGGCUGGGACCCAUCUGGUUCAGUUUGGUUCAUCUUCGUCCCCGGAGAUCUCCCUCAACCCCCUCAGCUUCGGGAAAAUGGCUCAAGGGAGUAA